UUACAACAAAAAAACCCACUUCUUUGCUUUAAAUCGGUGAGAUCUGAUCUCGUGUAGGUGGUUUCUAUAUUGGGCAAACAGAUAAUGUGUAGGAAAUUAAACUCAUCUGACCCAGUGGACAGCCCCGCGUAUGCAAACGCGCAUACGAUUGAGUUGCGCACAGCGCGCAAAGACAGCGGAAGAAAGAACAGUGCCUCUGUCCAGCCACCGGCUCGCGUCAAGGGUUGACGCGAAUGACGUCACGCCCUGUUAGCACGUGGGAUGUGGCAUUCAGAGUUCUCAUAAACAAAGGCACAUUGCGCUCGGGCUCCAGUCUUCGCGUGCGGUCGAAGGAGUAAGGUGCUCAACGGCAUUGGCUUUAUACAUGCAAACCUAACUUCUGGGCUAUCAGCAGGAACACCUACAUGGAUACAUAAUUUGCAACUUAUUCGACAGCGUCUUGAGAAAAGCAAGCGAAAGAAGAGACACGCUCUGACAUCAACCGGUACAAGAGCCCUGACUUCAGAGAUUGUUCCACGAGAGAUAAAAGUAGCAGGUGUGCGGAGCCAUGCCCUGCGUCCAGGCUCAGUAUGGGACAUCACCUCCAGGAGCCAGCCCUGCAUCUCAGAGUUACAGCUACAACACCACUGGAGAGUACAACUGCGACUUCUUAACGCCGGAGUUUGUCAAGUUUAGCAUGGACCUGACUAACGCAGAGAUAGCUGUCACUUCCUCGCUCCCCAGUUUCAGCACCUUCGUGGACACCUACAGCUCCAACUACGACGUGAAGCCUCCCUGCCUCUACCAAAUGGCUCACUCUGGGGAUCAGCUGUCCAUCAAGGUGGAGGAGAUACCCGCACACGGCUACCAUCAGCAGCAGCACCAUCAGCCGCAUCAAGCUGAGGAGAGCAUACCCCAUACCGGAGCUAUAUACUAUAAACCAUCCUCCCCAAACAUCUCCCAGUCCCCCAGUUACCCAACGGCUCCACACCACACGUGGGAAGACACCGGAUCUCUUCACAGCUUUCACCAGAACUACCUGGCGACGUCACAUAUGAUAGACCAGCAGCGGAAAAACGCGAUGUCUCGGCUGUUCGCGUUCAAGCAGUCUCCGGUUGACACGCCGAUGCCAAGCUGCCAGAUGCGCUUCGAUGGAUCCCUGCACGUGUCCAUGGGCCCGGACACCGCGCAUCGCGCGCUGGACAGUUUUGCUUUGCCGGCUCCUCCGAGGAAACAGCACGGUGUGGGUUUAUCCCAUUCCCUUAACGUCGGACACCCCUUACUGGAAAGCCCGGUGGCAUCACCGCAGGCUAGAGGAUCUCCGUCCAGCGAGGGCUUGUGCGCUGUGUGCGGGGACAACGCAGCCUGUCAGCACUACGGAGUGCGCACAUGCGAGGGGUGCAAAGGAUUCUUUAAGCGCACGGUGCAGAAAAACGCCAAAUACGUGUGUCUGGCAAACAAAAACUGUCCCGUGGAUAAAAGACGGCGAAAUCGAUGCCAGUAUUGCCGUUUUCAAAAGUGCCUGGUCGUAGGGAUGGUAAAGGAAGUUGUGAGAACCGCCAGCUUAAAAGGUCGAAGAGGUCGCCUCCCCUCCAAACCUAAAAGUCCGCAGGACAUCCCUGUCUCUUUCACACCUGUCAAUCUCCUGAACGCACUAGUGAGAGCGCACAUAGACUCCAACCCCUCAAUGGCCCGUCUGGACUACUCUAAAUUUCAGACGAGUCCGGAGUAUCACAGUGGAGGAGAUGAAUCUCUACACAUCCAGCAGUUCUACGAUCUACUCACUGCCUCAAUGAGUAUCAUUCGCGGAUGGGCCGAAAAAAUCCCCGUUACCGAGCUGCCCAAAAGCGACCAGGAGCUCCUUUUCGAGUCUGCCUUCCUUGAACUUUUCGUGCUGCGGCUGGCUUACAGAUCUAACCUGGUAGAAGACAAACUCAUCUUUUGCAACGGAAUGGUUUUACACAAGUUGCAGUGUGUGCGAGGCUUUGGGGAGUGGAUCGACUCUAUUGUCGAGUUUUCUUCUAAUCUUCAGAGCAUGAGCUUGGACGUGUCUGCCUUCUCCUGCAUAGCCGCUCUCACCAUAGUAACAGAGAGACACGGACUAAAGGAGCCCAAGAAGACAGAGGAACUUCAAAACAAGCUCAUAAACUGUCUGAAGGAUCAGGUGUCCUGCAGUGGUGAAUUGUCUAAACUGUUAGAGAAGCUACCGGAGGUGCGCGCGCUGUGCACGCAGGGACUGCAGCGCAUCUUUUACUUGAAACUGGAAGAUUUGGUGCCCACGCCUGCGAUCAUUGAUAAACUCUUUCAUGACACUUUACCAUUCUAAACAAUCUCGUCUGAACUGAAGCAGGUUCUCGAGACCUUCGUCAUUCUUCGUUAUUGCGGACUUUUUAGGAAUUGAAAAUGUCGGAUGGUAUUUUUUAAGAUCGGAGAAAGACUGGCCGGGACACAAGUGAACAGUUCUAUUUGGAGGAAAUAAUUAUUCAAGAUAAAAAUAUUAUGGAGGAAAAGGGACUAUUCUUAUGCCUGUUUAAAGUGUAUUCAGUUAUCUACUGAAAAUAAAUGCGGUGUGGUGGACAUGUAUUUGUAUCGUUACGCGUCAUAUUGUUUAUGUUACCUGCAAAGCAUUUAUAUACACCUUUACACGUGUCAUUAAGAUGUAGCCUAAUGAUUUAAGGGAUCAAAAUCAUUUUGACAAGGUACUUUACUAAUUAAGUCAUUCUGCAUUAUAGUCUAUAGAGAUUGCACUAAGAGUGCACGAUAUGAUUUUUAAAACCCUGCAACAUUUCAGAUUUCAGAAUGGAUACAAACAUAUAAAGCACGUUUUUGUGUUUAUGAUUUUAAAGUAGUGAAUUAUACUGUUAUUAAGAUAUGGGUCGCUUUUUUACUGUCCAGAAAGUAUGCAUGAAGGGAAUUCGUUAUGAGCUAUUAACUUUCUCCAGCACUUUGUAUUAAUUUCAUAUUGAAAUAACGUCCAUGAGGUUUACGUGCAACUGGUUUAAAACUCUUAACAUUAUGCUUAUAUAUCUCAGAUCAUUGUUUUCUAUAUGAUGUUAUGGUUUUUGCACUGCAUUCUAUGUUAAGCUUCUCUCAUCUAGUGUAUUGCUGAAUAAACCUAACUAUUAUA